GACUAAACACGUGCAAAGACCCGCAAUUCCAGGAUAAAGCUUAAGUGGCUCUCUCGUAAAUUUUCUCAUCAUCCAUGCCCCAAUAUAACAAACAACCCUGUUUAGCUGUUUAUUUCAUUACCACUUCCAUCAGAUCAUCUGAGACUCAUCAAACCGAUUCACUCAAACCCUUCCCGCUUUCCGAUACCAGAACCCGGUUUUCCGGUACCGAAGUUUCGCUUCCGAUUCGGUUCGCAUGUAUUGAUUUUGUUAGGGUUUGUUUGGAGAGUGGUUUUCCGAUUGUGCGAGGGUGGUAUGACGUCGGGGACGAGGCUUCCGACAUGGAAGGAGAGAGAGAACAACAAGAGGAGAGAGAGACGGCGGCGAGCGAUCGCGGCGAAGAUCUACGCUGGGCUGAGGAUGUACGGGAACUACAAGCUCCCUAAGCACUGCGACAACAACGAGGUCUUGAAGGCUCUCUGCAACGAAGCUGGUUGGACCGUCGAAGAAGAUGGCACCACUUACAGAAAGGGUUGCAAACCUGUGGAUUGCAUGGAUAUUGCGGGUGGGUCAGCAUCAGCAAGUCCAUGCUCAUCAUACCACCCAAGUCCAUGUGCGUCUUAUAAUCCAAGCCCUGCUUCAUCUUCCUUUCCAAGCCCAGUCUCAUCCCGUUACGCUGCAAAUGCCAAUAGUAACGCUGAUCCCAACUCCCUCAUUCCAUGGCUCAAAAACCUCUCAUCUGGUUCAUCUUCAGCAUCUUCCAAACUUCCCCAUCAUCUCUUCGUCCAUGCAGGUUCUAUUAGUGCUCCAGUCACCCCACCAUUGAGCUCACCUACAGCCCGAACUCCCAGAAUGAAGGACAAUUGGGAUGAUCCAACUGCUGCUCCUCCCUGGGCCGGGCAGCAUUAUGCCUUCCCACCUUCUUCCACCCCACCAAGCCCUGGCCGUCAGACCCCUCCUGAAUCAGGAUGGCUCUCUGGUAUUCACACUCCUCAAGAUGGGCCAUCGUCUCCAACAUUCAGCCUCGUCUCAUCAAACCCAUUUGGCUUCAACUUCAAGGAGGCACUGUCAGGUGGAGGAUCCCGCAUGUGGACUCCUGGGCAAAGCGGGACAUCUUCUCCAGCAGUUAGAGCGGGUUUUGAUCAAACAGCAGAUGUUCCAAUGUCAGAUGUGAUUUCAGCUGAGUUUGCAUUUGGCAGUAAUACAAAGGGGCUGGUGAAGCCAUGGGAAGGAGAGAGGAUUCAUGAGGAAUGUGUUCCCGAUGAUCUUGAGCUUACCCUUGGGAACUCUAGAACCAGAUAGUGUGAUGUGCGAUUGGAGGAGACAACUUUUUAUGUCCAUUGAAUAUUUGGUUUCUGCCCUGCCUUGGUGCAAGUUUCAAAUUUCGACACACAACUUCUUAUCAUGUUCAUUAAGAAGUGUUCUCGUUGGCACACCUGGGAAGCAUAAAAUACAGAGCAGGAGCAAUUGAUCUUUCUUCUUAAGAAACGGAGCUAUUAGUAAAAUUAUAAAUACUUCAUAUGGUGAAUUUUGCACCGCUGCUUCAGAUAUUCAUCUGCCUACUUUUUUUUCCUCGAUUUUUCCUGGAAAGGAAUUUUCCGUUACAGCAUUGAUACACACCAGUGUUGAUUGUUAUGCGUGAUCUCGAUUUUGCAAUUGGAAUGGAUUUUGAAUGUCAAGAUUAAGUGGCUGAUUAUCACUUAUCCAAGAAAAAGAUUAGCUGGUUCGUUAUAGAUAACUAGUGGUUGCACCUGUUUCAGUGUUGUCAUUGUUUAUUCUUGUGUCACUUAUAUUGUAUUGUUUUCUAUUUUAUUGAUUUCAUUGUACAUUAAUAUUCCUAAUGGAAAUGAUACGGUUCAAAAACUUCCUGCGUGAAGAAUGGGUGAAAUCCGAUCGAUAUUUUUGCAGUA